GUUUUGAAGUUUGCCCACGUCGUCAUCUCACACAGUCAAACAACAAAGGCAGCCCGUCAUCGAGGGCGCCAGACUCAAACAAAUGAGAAAGAGGAAGAAUCCCACAGCAAAAAGAUACAUACGUAAUAAUAAAUUCGUUUAAGUAAACGCAGAGGGAGCUGAAAGCAGCAAGGGGUUGAGAUCUUCUCGUCACUCUCCACAAUGAAGACGUCUAGACCCGCACUGCAGACUAAAGCGCAAGAGGAGUGUGGUGUUUGGCUGGAUACAGUGCAGCUCAAAGGAAAAGCUAAACAGAAACGCCCCACUCGUCCCAUUCGUCCCAUUUCUAAGAUGCUGAACCCGUUUGCUGGAGGUAGUGGAUACAGCUUGGCUGUGGCUCUCAAUUUCACCCAGACCAAAAUGGAAAUGCCAAAAACCAAACAGAGCUCUAUAUCAGCCUUUUUCACACGUCAACCCAGAGUUCCCAGUAAGAAGUCCACUUCUGAAGUACCUAACAUGGAUCCAGGGCAGACUUCCCCACCUUCUCCCUCAACUGCACCUGUUGUAUCAGGGAUAAAACGAAGACGAGGAAUAUGUCAUGAAAAGCCUGACUCUCAGUCUGGUGUGGAUCAGGAGUGGAAAAGUGAAAGUCUAACAGAGUCGGCAGUCUCACAGGAGCCAGGUGAAGAGAAUGUUAUGCCCUCUCAAAACAUGUUCUGCCACUUUGAUGAAGAGCAGUCUGAUGAGUUAUAUCCACCUCAGAGUAAGAGAAGGUUCGCAGACACUUCCUCUUUAGCAGAUGACAGUCAGCCUCCUCCUCAAGCAUGGAGUCAGGAUCCACUGUUCACCUACAGCCAAUAUUGUGACAGUGAACCAUACCAGACUUAUCAGGGAUUUAAUGAGUCAGCUUUCCUGGGCAGUCUACAAAACGAGGAGUCCAUUGGAUUUGAGUUGGAGAUAAACAGGAGAACCUCCACACAAAAAUCAUCAAAAAAUAUUCCUUCUUCUCAAUUUGAGAAUGACAAAGAAAACAAUGGAUAUUUCUUUUCUAAGUCCCCAAAGAAGCUCUCAUCAUUCUCAACUAAUGAACCUCUUUCACAUCAUGAAUGGACACAACCAAAAACACCGCCUCGAAAACACACCAAAGACCAACUGUGUACAGCUGAUAAAGAAGAGCGAGACAUGUCACACUUUAAGAAGACAAAACCAAGUCGCUCUCCUCUCAAAAAACAAGCACAGAAGCAGCAAAGUAAAGGCAUGGAUGAGGACAGUCUGAACAUGCUGUUCACCCAGGACUCUGAAGGAUUCAGGGUGAUCGCACACAGAGGUCUGCAAGUCAGGAGUCCACUCAAAGAAAGUAACAACAGCACUGGGGCUGUGAGAACUGGUGCUUAUAAGUCUUUGGUGGAAGAGGAGGAGGAGGAGGAAGAUGAAAUGCUCUUUACUCAAGAUUCACAGGGCAAUGUGGUGAUCAAACACUGAUUGGAGCAUUUUAAACUCCAAGGGUUUUGCUGAACAUGGCUAGUUAACCACUACUUUUUGUAAUAGACUUUACAUAAAAUACUUUAUCCUUUUAAAAUCUGUUAAAACAGGAAUCUUUUGUUGUUUCUGCAUCGAUUUCAAUAAGCCACUUUGUGCUUCAUAAAUACUCAAACUCUUUGUCCUCCUGCCUCUUUUCCAGUGUUAAUGUUUUUCUGUGAUACUAUAUCCUUUAUUAAUAUGUUGUGUCGGAGGUGCUCCUCGUUUGUGCAACUAGAACAUUUAGACACUGUGAUGGGAAUGCUGGCUUCCGCCUAGCUCUAGGCCAAUGCCAAUUUACUGGAUCAAAUUUGUAUAAAGAUGCAGUUGUGCUAUGAAAAGUUGAAAAACUAGACUAGAGUUUU